CAGACUUCUCUCGUCCAGUGACGCUCAGCCAAACGGCAUUCUGUCUCAGCGUCACAGAACGGAAGUCUGGAGGCUCUGGUACCCAGGGUACUGUUCUCAUUGAUGGAUAAACCACGAGAUGCAACCGUCCGUGAGUAAGUUUGGCGUCUAACUCCUAAGGACAUUCCUGGGUAUAGUAUGCAGAUAUUUGUCAAGUAUGGGCCUAUUUAAGAAACAUCCGACUGAGAUUCGUGGCUUUUAGACACAUCCUCGAAACUCGAUAUGGCGGAAUUUGACGGAUAUCAAGCCCUGAGCCAAGUUUCGAACCAAACAACAGAGGCUGAAAUCAGGCAAAUCUACGAUAACUGGGCGACCAACUACGAAAUGGACACAAACAGCCAUGGCUAUGUUGCUCACAAGACAUGCACGGAUGUGUUUGACGCCGAGAUGGCGAAGGCGUACCCCAAGGAUCGUCUCUCUUUGAGGGUAAUGGACGCCGGGGCAGGCACAGGGAUUGUCGGCGAACACCUGCAACAGCUCGGGUACACUAAUGUGGACGGUCUCGACAUUUCUCAAGAGAUGCUUAACAUUGCCCGACAAAAGCGUGUCUACAAGAACUUGAUUUGUGCGGGGCUGAGUGAGACAGAAAUUGCCGAGAUUGCUGAUGGCCAGUAUGAGGGAAUCGUGUGCUCAGGGACAAUAACGGUAGCACAUGUCAAGGCGGCGAGUCUUGGUGAACUAAGACGAUGGCUAAAACCAGGCGGUAUAAUCUGCUUUACUAUCCGCCAAGACGCCCUCGAAUUACCCGAGUACGGCUACAAGCAGAAGAUUGAUGAGAUGGUUACCACUGGCACGUGGGAAAUGAGGCACAAGAGUUUAAUUCAAUACCAUAGCAAAGCGGGUGUAAAGGGAGGUCAGGAUAACUGCUUCGUGUUAGUGUUCAAAGCCACCUAGAUUCCACUGAAAAUUUCUUCAAUCACACAUAUUUUUCUAGCACCAAUAAAUCUUUUGAUGCAUCCUGUAUUUGAAAGUUAUCUAGCUUGUAAUUGUUAUCGCACUGUUAUGGGGUUAAAAUUGUAAAUAAAACAGCUCUUUAACUUUAAAUUAUGUAACAUGUGUAAGUCCAGAAACCAGGAAAGAAUUUAAAUACAUUAUAUAAAUAAGAGAUAGGAAGGGUCUGUACUCCCUACGCCUGGAAUUUCUACCCCUUGAAUGUCUACCCCUCACUUCAUCUGAUAUUAUAAUAGCUAAAUGAUGUUUUUUAAACGUGAACUGACGUAAAUUGGAGUAGGUAAGUUUUGCAGGUCAUGGCCAGUUUACCAACACAAUACAAUUUAUAUCACUCAUUGUAUACAGAUUUAGUAUAUUGAUUUGGCUGAAAGUGAAUUAUAUAAUCAUAAACUCCAGCAACAUUCCCCUUUUUGCCGCCUUUGCUUUUUUCUUUGGAGGGUUAAAUAUAGAGAGGAAAUCUGCCUCUCCGAUUUCUUAGCAAAAUCAAAUCCCCAGGAUCUAUUAAGUUUUUCGAAAAAGUGUCUUAACUUCGUAUAUUUACGGCAGUGCACGCCAAAGUGGAACUCGUCCUCUACCGUACUGGCCAUGACCUGCAAAACGUACCGUCUCCCUAAACAUCCCCCCUCCCCCCUCCCCCCCCCCCCCCCCCCCCCCCCCCCCACUACACUCUUUUUUUAUAUAAAAAAAGAGUGUAGUGCUAUAGGCUGAAUUAUUGCGAGUCAGCUAUGGAAAUCAAUUGUAUAAUUAUCGCUAAGGCUCCUUUUCCUCGGCCUAUCCUGAAGUUCUGUUCAGUUUUUAUUCCUUGUAGGGAGCUCACAGGUCAUUCGUAUAGAAUCUAGUUAUUUGAUAAUUCUCUUCAAAUUUGUGAAAUAAAGUUCUUAAGCACAAA